UGGAUUAGUAUUAUUAGUCUAUUACUAUUACAUGCUUUUUAUGAAAAUGUGACAUCAUUAGGACGUGUAAAUGGUCAACUAUUUAGCAUCUGUCGAUAAAAUGAUUAAUUCAUCGUUUGCGUUCUCCACCUAACUCACGAUUUCACCAACCCCACACCUCUCUCUUUUUCUUGUUUUUAUCACUCCGAUCAAACCAAAGAAGAACAUCACUUUCCCCUGACUCAAAAAGAUGGCUUCCAUUUCAAAUCUCGCAAACCUUACACCCGCCGCUUCCACCAACUCCAGAUCUUCUUCCUCCUCCUCUGUCUUACCAAGAUCCUUCGUCAACCUCCGUAGUUUGAACGCUAAGCUUUCCUCUUCUUCUCAUCUUUCCCUUCGUCACAACCAACAGAUCAGACCUUCCCUCUUUGUGAGGUGUUCAGCCUCUGGUGGAAACGGAAGUGCUGCAAAGAGAACGACUCUUCAUGAUCUAUAUGAGAAGGAAGGCCAGAGUCCUUGGUAUGACAAUCUUUGCCGUCCCGUAACUGAUCUUCUUCCCUUUAUUGCUCGUGGUGUUCGUGGCGUUACUAGCAACCCUGCGAUCUUCCAGAAAGCCAUCUCCACCUCAAAUGCUUAUAAUGAUCAGUUCAGGACACUUGUGGAAUCAGGAAAGGACAUUGAGAGCGCAUACUGGGAACUUGUGGUGAAGGAUAUUCAAGAUGCCUGCAAGCUUUUUGAGCCAAUCUAUGACCAGACAGAAGCUGAGGAUGGAUAUGUCUCUGUUGAAGUCUCACCUAGGCUUGCUGAUGAUACCAAUGGCACUGUUGAAGCUGCUAAAUAUCUUCACAAGGUUGUGGACCGUCGCAAUGUUUACAUUAAGAUCCCUGCUACUGCUCCAUGCAUUCCUUCCAUCCGGGAUGUCAUUGCUUCUGGAAUUAGUGUCAAUGUCACGCUUAUAUUCUCAAUAGCUAGAUAUGAGGCAGUGAUUGAUGCUUAUUUGGAUGGGCUUGAGGCUUCUGGACUUGAUGACCUCUCAAGAGUUACAAGUGUUGCUUCUUUCUUUGUUAGUAGAGUGGAUACUCUUAUGGACAAGAUGCUUGAGAAAAUUGGUACCCCAGAAGCCCUAGAACUCCGUGGAAAGGCAGCUGUGGCUCAAGCUGCAUUAGCAUACAAGCUGUACCAGAAGAAAUUCUCAGGACCAAGAUGGGAGGCUCUGGUGAAGAAAGGUGCCAAGAAGCAGAGGCUUCUCUGGGCAUCAACAAGUGUUAAGAACCCAGCUUACUCUGACACCUUAUAUGUCGCUCCUCUCAUUGGACCUGACACUGUGUCAACCAUGCCGGAUCAAGCCCUGGAAGCAUUCAUAGACCAUGGAACCGUGAAGAGGACGAUAGAUGCGAAUGUGUCUGAAGCGGAAGGGAUUUACAGUGCACUAGAGAAGCUGGGAAUAGACUGGAACAAAGUGGGAGAACAGUUGGAAGAAGAAGGUGUAGACUCGUUCAAAAAGAGUUUCGAGAGUCUGCUUGGUACACUACAAGAGAAGGCCAACACUCUCAAGUUAGCCAGCCAUUGAAUGGAGAAAAAGCUUGUCCUCACGGUUUGAGUUUGGGUCUUCAUUUUGUUUUCGGUGGUAAUAAAAUAAAUGAACCUUUGUGCUUUUGUUCUUUAACACUAUGCUUCCCACUAUGCUUUCUAGAGAUGUUAUAAUGGCUUCUGUUUCAUGUUCACAAUAUGGAUUCUUGUCUUGUUCGUUUAUGAUGUUUAAUUUUCAAAUAUUAAAAAAACUACUCUCGAUGUGAAGAAUGAUGAUAAGAUUUUAUGGUUGAACCU